AUGGCGUCGCCGUCUGACGACCGUCGAUUCCGAUGGUGCCCUGAUUCGCUGAUCCCAGCCGACGAACUGCCUGUCGCCGCCUUCGCCGUGGAUAGGCGUAUUUGCUCCCAACUUACCCUGGGCCUCCUUGUGUCCCUCUCCCACCUCCCAUCUCGCCCCUCCGCCGCCAUCCCCGGCAGGGACCUGACAUUUGUGAUGUGGAACCGACGAAUGGCGAAGCUGACAGGCUGGAGCCGGGAUGACGUGGCGCAGAUGGGGAGGUUCCCGGGAAGGCUGCUGCGACCCGCGAAGGGGUCUGUGCACGAGCACGCGAGCGACGUGCUGCGUGACGCAAUGCUGCGACCAGAGCCCAUCAGCCAGACCAUGCUGCUCGCCACGCGCUCUCAACGCGAUACAGAAUGCGACGCAGCAUGCGACACAGAACGCGAAACAGAAUGCGAUGCACGGCAGCAGGUGCUUCCGAGGCAAGAGCAGGCGCUGCUGAGGAAGGUGUUACCUGGCGAGGCGGCAACUGGACAGAGAUUGCCCGAGCAAUCGUCGCCUGGGCGGGAGGUGUGUGUGCAGGUGCACGCGUGCAUGCGCACAGACGCCGUGGGGGCAGCCAACGUCACUCCCGACCCAGAAGCACCGAUCCAGCCUGCAGCAGCGAGUCAGCCCGGGGCAGUGGGGCACGGUGCAGGCGGGAGGCAGCGUGAGGGUCUGCCAGCCAUUCGCGUGCAGCGGCGGCGAGCAGCUGAUGUGCUGCGCCCUGCCGGUGCUACCGCUGAGAGAUGCAGCAGCAACGGGGGCGAGAGGACGUUUGGAGGGGAGGGAAGCGCGCAACGAGAGCAGGGGAAAGGGAAGGGGACGGGUAAUUUCCUCCUUGACAGAAGCAACCCCUUGUUGACGCCUGUGCAGCUGCUGUCGCCUCUGGCCCACUCCCCAUACCCUCUCCUCUCUCCCCGGUGGGAACCUGACGCCCUUCUACUGCAGUCCUCUGCUGCCCUGUCACCGACAGCCAAUACCACCUCGUUGCCACUGUCUACCUCUCUCUGUGUUCGUGCGCUGGUGGCUGACGGGGCAACAGGUGGCGGCGCGGGAUUGGGGCUGGUGGGCGCGCUGCACAACGACCUGCCGCAGCAGCUGGAGCGGUGUGGCUUCGAUGUUGUCACGGCGGGUACAGUCACAGAAGCUGUGCGACGAUUUCAACAGUCUGUGUGCGACCUGCCACCUGAUGAGACAGUGCAACAACGCGACGGGUUUGAAGAGAGCAAUGGGAGUGGGGGAAGCAAGCAACAGCUAAAGGAAGCUUCCGCAGACGAGUCACCACUUGACCAGCGGCCAGCAUCAGGAGAAGGAGUUCAAGAGGGUGUGGCAUCAAGUGACAAGAGUAUGGCAGUGGUUGCACAGGAGGCAGGAGUGAAGCCAGAGGCGCCCUUCUCUCUUGUGGUCAUGGAGCUGGAGGCCAUGGCACAUGAUGGCUUCGCAUGCAUCCGCAGCAUUCGCGAUGCCGAGGGGAGACGGCACGCAGGGAAGGUAGCGUAA